UCUCUCAUCAAACCUCACAAAGCUCUCCAAGAAAAAUGGCGUCUCUCGCGCCGGGAAUCCUCCUCAAGCUCCUUCAAUGCAUGAACUCCGGCACACGCCCAACCGGAGACCACAGAUCCGCGAUCCUACAAGUCACCGGAAUAGUACCAGCCCUCGCCGGCUCCGAUCUAUGGCCCAAUCAAGGCUUCUACGUCCAGAUAUCCGAUUCUCUAAACUCCACCUACGUCUCUCUCUCCGAACGCGACACAGAUCUCAUCCUCAGCAACCGUCUCCAGCUCGGCCAGUUUAUCUACCUGGAACGCCUCGAAUUCGCCGCUCCAAUCCCACGCGCCGCCGGAAUCCGCCCAAUCGCUGGCCGUCAUGCUUUCGUCGGAACUCCCGAGCCGUUAAUCGCGCGAGGUUCUAAACGAGAUUUUGUGAUCCAGCCGGUUUCCGAAUCUGAGUACUCGCUUGACCCAAUCGCCGUUUACUUAAACAACAAACGAUUCGACGACGACGACGGCGAUGCGGUGGCUCCGAAACCCAAUGGGAGACAAGCGCUUGCUCCGGUGAACCAGAGCGAAGAGAAUCGUAAUCAAAAUCGAAAUCAGAGAUCUAAGCAGACGCCACAAAGAUUCUCGUCACCAGCAUCGGCUAAGCAACGGUCAGUCUCAUCGGGGAAGAAGAACAGUUCCGGUACAGCGACGACGGUUGAGAGAGAUCCAUCACCGGCGGUUUCUGGGAAAGGGAGGAGAUCCGCUUCUCCGGUCCCGUCGAAAUGUGUAGUGCCAAGCCUCGCGGCGGCGCGUGAGGAGAAUCGAAAGGUUGCUAGAGAGCCUUCCAUCGUUGUGCCGUCAAGAUACAGACAACCAUCACCAAAUGGGAGAAAGAUAAAUCCAUCUCCUAGUGGAAGAAGAAUGUCGAUUUCUCCGGGAAGAAGGCUUUCGAGUGGUUUGAAAAUGUCUCCGAUGGUUGGAGAUUCUUCUGGAAAGAAGAAGAUGGCGGCGAUUGCAGCCGGAAUCUCCAAGGUUUCGGAAGCUCUGGUCGGAUCUUCGGCGAAGAAUUGUAACCGGAAGAAUUGGGAUGAACAAGUAGCUGCUGCUGUUGAUGGGAAUUCUCAAACUGAGCAGAAGGAGAAGAUCAGUGUUAAGAAUAAGCCUGACCUUAAAGCAAUUUUGCGUACUCAGGCUGCGAUGUCGAGACGUCUCAGUGAUGCAAAUAGGCGAAAGAGUGGUGGUAGUUCUUCGGCAUGUGAAGAGAAAGCGAAGUCGUACUCAUCAGAGAAUAGUUUAGUAGAAGAAGUCUCGGCUUUUGAAGGACUUGGCAUCACUUAUCAUGAUCGGAAAUGGACAGAUGGUAGUAUUUCAUUGGAUAGCAUCUCAGGGGAUCUUGCAAAACUUGCUAAGGAGGCAAUGCAAAGAAGAAACUUUUCUGCUAAAGCUGCAGCUCGAGCAUUGGAGGAAGCUAAUGCAAAUGAGUGCAUCAUAAGAUGCUUAAGUAAAUUUUCAGAACUUUCUUCGGCCUCUAAAGUGGAGAAUCCGCUGCGAAUCAUCAACCAGUUUCUGAAAAUCUAUGACGAUGUUAUGAAAUAUAGUCAGAUAGCUUCAGAAAGUUUCCGCUCGUCGUCAUCUGAUCAACAAAAUCCAGUCUCACUUUGGGUUGAAGCUGCAUUAGCUACUAACCUCGAUGUGGUGUCAUUAGUGAAAAGCCAGAAUGACAACGAAUCACCAUCGUCAACGAAGAAAUCGAUGCCUACUCAACCCUCUACCAAGACAGACAAUAUUGUUGGGAUGUGGACAGACAUAGAUGGCUUCAAGGAGACAGCUAAAUUCGCAGCGAACAUACAAUCCGAGAUGCAAAUGUGGUUCAUUGGGUUCGUGGAAGAGUCGUUAGACAACAAAAAUGCAGCAGCAGUGCGUCCUUUAGAUGGUAGUUCCAUAGCUGCUGUUUUGUCUCAGCUGAAACAAGUCAACACAUGGUUGGACCGGGUCGUGUCGGACCAGGAAAACUCGGUCGCAAUCAUGUCUUUAACGGACAAGAUUGAGCGGCUCAAACGCAAAAUCUAUGGAUUCGUAAUCCACCACGUCGGAUCUACUUACGACAACUCUGCUUCUUCUUCUUGAUUUCCUUCUUCUUUUGUCCUCAAUGUUCUCACGUUUCAAUACAAUGGUGGCUCGUGUUUUUUCUA